CUCAACAGUGAUUUCCAAGCAAACACUCGUGCGACUGAGUGGUCAGUCCACUAUAAGAGCGCGAUGGAACACGAUAGAGAAUCAUCAACAACAUCAGUCUACAAACUCCAUCACACACACUAAACACGUCCUCAAGAUGUCAGAUUCUCUUGUCUUCAUCACUGGCGCGACCGGCUUCAUCGGCGCUCAGGUUGCUCAAUCCACACUCGAAGGCGGCCACAAUGUCAGACUGAGCGUGAGACGCGAAUCACAAAUCGGAAAGCUCCGUCGCAUCUUCGACAAAUUUGCCGAAAAAGUCGACUAUGUUGUCGUGCCUGACUAUACAAUUGCAAGCGCAUUCGAUACGGCUCUCAAGGACGUUACUCACGUUAUUCACGUGGCCUCUCCACUUGCAAAUCCUGGGGAAGAUCUCAUGACCCCUGCUGUCAAGGGUACCACAUCAGUCUUGGAAUCGGCCUAUAAUGUACCUUCUAUCAAGAAGGUCGUCAUCACCGCGUCAGUGGCUUCGUUGAUUCCUCUUGGUGGUAGUUACGAUGGUGUCGUCGUCAGAGAGGACAUCGAAAAGGAAAAGCUCCGAUUUGAUGAAUCGAUUGUCCCGACCCUCGAGCCUAUGGGUCAAUACCAAGCAAGCAAGAUUGCAUCGUAUCUGGCCACUCUGGACUUCAUCGAGGCCAAGAAGCCUCAUUUUGAUAUUGUCACAAUCCAUCCUGUGUUCGUUUUUGGAAACAACAUACUCCAGACAAGCGCCGAAGAACUUGCUGGAACUAAUGGUAUGCUUUUCGGCUCUCUAUACGCCGAGAAGCCGAUGUUCGCCCCGUACCGUGGUGUGCACGUCCUGGAUGUUGCAGAAGCUCAUGUCAGGGCUCUGGGCUUGCCUCAGGCACCAAUCUCAUCGUUCUUGUUGACCGGAAAGGACAGGUCUUGGGAAGAUGUACUCAAAUUUGUGAACAUCGAGUUCAGUAAUGCGGGAGUCAAAGUCGAAGCUACUGCUGGCGAGAAGUGGAAUGUCGAUACCACUCUUGCAGAGAAGGCGCUGGGCUUCGAGAAAUGGAGGGAGAUGGAAGAACAGGUUAGAGAUGUUAUGGUACAGCAGCUCAAGCUGCGCAGUACGUGAUACGAGAGAUAAUAUGUAAGAACUAGAUAGGGAAUUCCCGCCUCUAACUGAGAGUGCAUAUACUAAAUGUGCCCAAUGUAAAUAUUAAGGGAGAAGAAGCAG